GGAAGUAAACAAAAAAAGCAUUCUCGUUAACGGAUCGCAUGAAAAUAUGAUGCAUCUUUAAUUAAACAACAAUGUCUUCAGUUGAGUGUUUGAGGCAGUUCGUAAACGAGCGAUUGACGGCCGCGGCUCAGGAGAUCUUAUGCGUGUUUGAAAAAACUAUCUCCGACUACGAAGAAGAGAUCAGCCGUCAGCGCAGGCUGCUCACCAUCGCCUGGAAACCUGAAGUUAAGUUGCACAAAACAGAGCUUUCACAAGAUUUCAUUAACGUGGAGGACAUUCCAACGGAGCUGCAGGUCAAGACAAGACAGGACAGGAAGUCUAUAUUGAAAAAAGAAGGCAGAGAGCAGAUUCCAGAGAGCCAUGAAGAAAUGCUCACCAGUCCCGAGGAAGGAGAAGUUGAGCUGAAAGAGGAAGUUGAAACUCUUUUUCCAAGUAUUACCUGUGAUGAAGGUGACAAUGUCGUCUUGUCAAAUCCUGUGGAUGAGGAGUCCACAGACACAGUAUCUGUUCAAGGAGUAACAGAACACAAUACUGAUGAUCAGCUUGUCUCUAGAUAUUCUCAAGAUGUGAGCAAAGGCCAGGAUGAAGGAAAUCAUAGUGGUUCUGUAAUAACCAGACGCAUGGGGACAAGACUGCAGAGGAGACAUCACAGAAUCGGUGAACCCAGUCCCAUCACGUUCAAGUCUCCUAUUUACACUCACAAGGGGAAAAUAUGCGAGUUUGUGUGUGAGUACUGUGGUAAGGCGUUUCCGUACAGAUCCAAGCUGAUGCGGCACCAGAUCAUCCACACGGGCGUGAAGCCGUACUGCUGCCACACCUGUGGUAAACGAUUCAACCAGACGUCGAUCCUGAAGGUCCACCAGCGGAUCCACACGGGCGAGAGGCCGUUCUCCUGUGACGUCUGCGGGAAGCGCUUCAACCAGAAGUCCAUCCUGAACGUUCAUAAGAAGAUCCACUCAGUCGAGAGGCCGUAUUGCUGCGAUUUCUGCGGCCGAAGGUUCAAGCAGAAAUCAAAACUGGAAUCUCAUGUCAUAUGGCACUCAGACAUACCACAGCCGCUUUUCUUUAAGGAGGAAAACUUUCUUUCUGACCAGCAGCUCUUUGACCAUGACCGUCACUCUGCGUUGGAGUUGGGGUUUCCAAAAGUCAAAGAGGAACAGGAAGACUUCUGCUUGGCCCAGAAGGAGCAGCUUGUGUUGAAGCAGGAGACGGACACGUUCAUGAUCACUGUUCCUCAUGAUGAAGGUCACGAUCACCUUCAUGUGGCCCAAACUCUCAACAGGAACUCGGCAGAGGCAGAGUCGGUCGAGAUCAUAUCGGAUGACAAUGGUGCGAAACAACCGGAGAAGACGCAUCCCAGAAUCUGCAACGCCUACAAUCCUAUCCUGUUCAAAACUUCAUGCAACUCUUUUGUCGAUAGGAAGUGUGAGUACAAAUGCAAUACGUGUGGGAAAGUGUUUCAGUUUAAGUCCAGACUGAUAAGACACUUCCGCAUCCACACGGGCGUGAGGCCGUUCUGCUGUCACAUCUGCGGCAAGAGGUUCAACCAGAAAUCCAUCCUGCAGGUCCAUCAGCGGAUCCACACGGGCGAGAGGCCUUUUUCCUGCGACAUCUGCGGGAAACGCUUCAACCAGAAAUCCAUACUGAACGUUCACAAGAGGAUCCACACGGGCGAGAGGCCGUUUUCCUGCCAAGUGUGCGGCAAGAGGUUCAACCAGAAGUCCAUACUGGACGGCCACGUCAGGACGCACACGGGCGAGAGGCCGUAUUCCUGCAAGACGUGCGGCAAAAGUUUCAAAAGUCAGUCCAGCCUGCUGGUUCACAUGAAGAUGCACACGGACAAGAAUUCCUACUCCUGUGACAUGUGGGAGAGAGUUCAGCCUUAAACACACACACACAGGUCAGCACGUAUAGCUUUAGCAAACCUGGAGGGAGCAUUUUGAUAUCAAGUAAAUAAGUAAAAAUAUAUAUAUAAGUAGAUAACUUUGCAUGUUGUAGAAAUCUUCCAUGUUGGUAGUAGAGCAGACGUUCGUUGUGAGCAUGCAUGUUCAGGGCAUUUGCUGCCUUCUCUCUGAUUUUUUAUUUAUAUUUUUGCUUGAUAAUCUGUGUAGGCCUGAAUCUUAAGUUCUUAAAUAUUGCAAAAAGAUAUUAUGUUACCACAUUAGCAUUGCUUGCAGUUUUCAGUCUGCUGCAAAGAAAGACUUGCUGCUUCUGCGAAGUAGAUACAUAAUUGCUACCCUGAUGAUAUAAAAUACUGCUUCUUAGUUCCAACUAAACUCAACGUUGUACGCUUUAGACAGAAAUAGACUGAGAUGUGGUUGCCGUGGUUACUAUUAUCAUAGGUAAGUGCGCUUAUUGUCUUGCUAUUUGUGUGUGCAUUUUAUUGUGUGUAAGCUAUAUUUAUACGGCAUAUAUGCAUAUUAUUCUUGUAUAAAAUAAGUAUAUUAAGGGAGGACGUGGUACAACGUCACAGUGCUGUUAUGUCUGAUUUGGGCCUGGUAUCUAACCUCAAACCGGUUCUUCAUGUCUUUGACCUUUUAGCACCUUUUUGGAACUAAUUGAACAGUAGUGAAACAUUCUUAUCUCUCGUUUUGGGUGAGGAGAUCUAGCCUUUCUGCAAAUCCGUCUUCAAAUGGAGAUGUAUCCCGUGACAAUAAGAUAAACAAUGUAUCCAGCGCUUUCCACAUUUGAUUUUUUUUUUCCAAUAGGAAUGAACUGGGACCAAGUGCUUGUCUAACAAAAGAGUAGGUUUAGUGUAAAUAUCUUUCAAGGUUUCCCUGCUUGUAUGAGUGGAUGUUUUCCUUGAUGUAUAUGUUCGUUUACUUUUUUUUUCAGCAUCUUGUUUCAAAUCCUUUUUUUAUUUAGAAGGCACAAAAUACACAAACUGACAUUAUGUCUUGUUUGUGAUAAGAUUUUGUUCUCAAAACAUGCAUAAAAUCAUAACAAUAUGAUAUUUGUAAGGACCUUUUUUUUAUUGUUUUAUAAGCAGGACACCUUUGUUUGUGACAUUCGAUUCAUGAGGGAAAGUGGAAUUACUAAUGUGGCAUUCCUGAGUUAAGGCAGCUUACAUGAAUAGUGCGUCAUGCAGCUUUGGAUGUGUCUUAUAAAGGUGUACGGACCUUGUGUCAAACAGACUGACGUGUCAAACAGCCGUGUGUUUGUUGAACUAAUGAAGGAGGUGGGACUUUUGUAAAGUGUUUAAGUGUAAGUUUUGUAAAUGUAAGAAGAACAAAGAAGAUGAAACAUUUAUAGUUCAAAAGUUUCAAAGUCGAAUAAAGGAAACUUACUGUGGUUAUCUGUGUCUAGAAAAACUGACAUAAUUUUAUGUCUGAUCAAAUUUCUUUUCAUAUAAACUUCAUGUUUAUUCAAAUGUGGAAGUCUUGAUGAGAUGUUUUUUUUUAAAUAUGUAGAUUCAGUAUUUGCACCAGCAAAUGUUUAUUUUAAUUAUUUUGUUUGCAGCUUUGGGUGCAGUUCUGCAUUUGAGUUUCAUUUGUCAUGCGUUGUCAUUCAGAUAAUUUUUUAAAUGAUAGCUUACUAUCAUUAGAUGUUACUACAAAGCAAAUGGACUAAAGUGUCUGAAUAAAACUUGAGGAUGAUUUGA